GCCUGCCACUGCAACUGAGCUCCCCGGCGCUUCUGUCUAUGGAUUUGAGAGCGGCCUGACCUCCGAAAGCCGCGGCAAGGCCAUUGCGUUGCGGCUGGAGCCGCUGAAGCCCGGCCUGCCCGAGUACGAGAAGGUACUGGGCGAGCAGAAGCAGACAGUGCUCAUUGGAUCCAACCGUGGGAAGGUUGAUGUCUUCGUUCGCGAUGAGUGCAUCAGCAAGAAGCACACGUCCCUUUCUUUGGUAGGCAUCCAUGGGGAACUCGCACUGUCUGUUCUGGACCAUUCCACGAAUGGCAGCUUCUUGAAUGGGCAAAGGCUGCCGGCAAAAGACAAGAAGUACCGGAUCAGGAACGGCGACAAGCUGACCUUGAAGGCUUGGUUGUGA